AGUUCAUCUAUAACUUCUUAAGCUUCGGGGCGAGAAGGGAAGCAGAAACAUGAGACUGCUGAAGAGGUUUACUCUUCUGAGCUGGGUGCUAAUUCCAGGUUGCUGGGCACUCAAUGGUCCAAACAACGUGAAUGGUUACAUAGGAGGAUCACUCUCUGUGUGCUGCCAUUAUGACAAAGGCUAUGAAAAUAACUCUAAAUAUUGGUGCAAAUUUCAAAAAAUCUGGAACAUCUUUAGGAUCUCUUGUAAUGUGUUAGUUAGAUCAAAAUUAGACAAAAAGGUGAAAGACAACAGAAUCUCUAUCCAAGACAAUGAAAAAAACCAGUACUUCCAAGUGAUCAUGGAAAACCUGACAUUAGAAGAUAUUGGUCAUUAUCGGUGUGGUAUAAGACGUGUUUUUCCUGAUUUAACACACGAUGUUAAAGUGACUGUAUACCCAGCUCCCACCUUAGAACCAGAAGAAGGACCAACAAUUAUUGAACCAUCAGGAAGGCUAUCAACUGCUGAACAAGAAGAAAAGCUACCAGCUACUGAAAAACCAGUAACUCCCUCCAUCAUUCAUUCAGAGAACACAGAUGAAUCCAAUACCAGCCCUCACCUCACUCCCCCAGAUUCUGAGGAAGCAAAGGUCCAACUUUUGAUAUAUUGCAUAGUUCCACUGGUUAGUCUCCUCUUACUUGCAGCUGUGGUCUUGGUUGCAGUUUCCAGGAAAAAGAGAACAGGAUCGUGUUUGCAAAGGAAAGAGGAAAUGAACAUGUCAGUCAUGGUAUCUACACACAAUACAGAAUAUGUCCACACAGAGGACACUAUUCUAGACCACCCUCCAGAUGCUGAAGGGACAGGGCUCUACCGGAUUGUUGAGGUCCAGCCAGAAUAUAACUAUGAUGAGAUCCACAUUCAGGAAGAGGCUGUGGAGAAGAGAGAUGAAGAUCCUUAUAUCACACUGGGUCUUUCAGAUGCACAGGAACAGACCAUCUAUGAUAAUGUGAGUCUCCCCAACCAAGCAACUUUGCAGCUACCUUCUCAGGAGGCCUUAUAUGCAAAGGUGAACAAGAAGCCUGCCCAGAAGGGAUGUGCAUUGGAUCUGACCAAAAUCCAAACAUAAGGAGGAAUGGUUUAGCUGCUUCCCAAUGCAAAGAGGCCUUGGAACAGAGCCAGACAUCAACCUAGCCAAACCUUCAUGAGAUCUUCAGAUAGGUAGAGUCCAGCACCAAAAAUAGUGAGGGUUCUGUGGAAAACAUCCAGGCUUUCAGAAAGAGGGAGAGAAAAAAUGGGGAUGAGAGAGUGUAGGGUCCACAAACUUGCUAGGAGUCUCCAAUCACAACAUUUGGGAGGUGGAAUUGCAACUUCGAUGAAAAUUAAUGGUUCCAUCUUCCUUCUUCUUUGUGCUUGAAGUCAAAGAGCGAGAGAAUGCAUGAACAGGUUAGGUUUUAACUAUUUAAUUUAUGGA